AUGGCCAAUUCUUCGCGAUACUCCCCCGUUUUGGAGACGAGUCGCAUCUUCUCUAGUCUAUGUGACCAGGCGGAGCGACUGGGCUUGCCUUCAGAUGUGCAGGUCAAUAAGGACCGCGUUUCUUUCUCAACUAGUCACAAUGAGAUUUACUACCCGAUCCCGUUCAAGGAGACAGAAACCUUGGCCGCAUUGAAGGGUGUCGAGGGAGCUGUAGCUGCCUCUCUUGCGGAUCUGCGAUUUGGUGCAGGCUCUCAGCCACGUGGUGUUCAGGUUAGCCUGGAGGGUGCAACUGCAUUUGGAUGCCAAGCAUAUAUGGCGAAGAUUGCCGGACUAUCAAAGCUAGAUCCUAGUGUCAAGUCCAAGCUCAAGGAUACGGAUCUGCUGGCUGCUCAGUCGAAUCAAUAUCGACGCAUGUCGGCUAAUCUGUACAAGACUAAGAACCCUGGCGAGUUCUAUCACAUCCAUGGUUCUUUGGAAGCUACUACCACAUUGAACAUGAUUGGUCUUGAGGGCCAUCGACCUGAUUUAAACGAUUAUGAAGAAAUCAUCAAGGUUAUUGAGAGCCAUGUGCAGAAAUACACAGUCUCUGAACUUGAGGAGAUGAACAAGGAACGCCGACAAGCUGGUGUUUCGGCUUUGAAGCACGAGGACUUUAUCAAAACUCCCCACGGAAAACUCAACGUGGAAGAGCCAGCAUGGAAGCUUGACCAGCUCCCAGGAAACCUUCCCCCAACUCCAUUCCCGGUUAACCGUACCGGCAGUAAGAAGCUUCUUGAAGGGGUUAAAGUCCUUGAACUGUGCCGUAUCAUUGCAGGUCCAACAGUCACACGUAUUCUGGCCGAGUAUGGUGCCGACGUGUUGAAGAUUACUAGCCCCAACCUCUCAGAUGUGCCUUUCUUCCAAGUUGACGGAAAUAUGGGUAAGCACGCUGCAGACCUUGAUCUGAAGACCGAAGCUGGACGUCAAGAGUUCGAAAAGCUCCUUGUCGAUGUAGACGUUAUCGUGGAUGGCUACCGACCCGGCGCUUUGGAGAAGCUUGGCUAUGGCCCCAAGGCUGUCGCUGCAUUGGCCGAGAAGCGUGGCAAGGGUAUCGUCUACGUCAAUGAGAACUGCUUCGGAUAUGAAGGUGAGUGGGCUGGAAGGGCUGGAUGGCAGCAGAUUGCCGACUGUGUCACUGGUAUUGCUUGGGCUCAGGGCCAGUUCAUGGGCCAUGACCACCCCGUCGUGCCUCCCUUCCCCAUCUCCGACUACGGAACUGGCUGCAUGGGAGCCAUCGCCGCCCUAUCCGGCCUCUACAAACGCGCCAAGGUCGGUGGAUCUUACCAUGGCAAGGCCUCAUUGAUGCACUAUGAUCUCCUUCUUUUCGCAAUGGGGCAGUACUCAGACGAAGUCAAGGAGGAGCUGCGUGCGGCUCAGCCAGCUGAAUUCUUCAAGCUGCGUCACUGCGAUAGCGUCGACAAGAUCUCGUCCACUGUUCUCAGGGGCAUGCAAUCUCGCUUCCCGCACUUAUACAUUGACCCUGAUACCAAGGCUGAGGGACAAAAGGCACUGACAGAAAAAUGGUUCGCGCACGCCUACGACGCCGAGAUCGAAGUUGUGCGGCCCGUUGCUGUUGUUGCGGGUGUGGAUAAUCAGUUCGUGCGUGCAAGCCGGCCUAAUGGUGUGGAUCGGCCAAACUGGGAGGACUUCAAAGUAAAUGGAGAAGGAGAGGCAGAUGUUAAGAAGGCUUGA